UUUUUUUUUUCCUUUUCUUUACUCUUCCAUCAUCUGGCUCCUCAUUCUUGUUUUCUUUGUCAAUCAUUUGCUCAAACACCUCAUCCUAAUCUCACAUAAUGUCUUGCGACUUGACUGAUCCCGCCAUUCUCGAGGCUUACAACGACAUCGUCUCAGGCACACCCACCAACUGGCUCAUCCUUGGUUACCAUGAUACGCGCGACAAAAUCUCGCUCUACUCCAAAGGCACUGGUGGUCUCGAAGAAUUGACCGCUAAUCUCACGGAGGAGGUGCUCUAUGGAUUUGUCAGGAUUGAAGAUCGCUUUGCCCUUUUGGCAUAUGUCUCGGAACAAGUCAGUGGCCUUCGUCGUGCGCGUGCAUUGGUCCACGGAAAGGCUGUUGGCGCCUUGUUUAAGGCCAGCAAUGCCCAGAUUAACACUUCGAGCCUUGCUGAGCUUACCGAGGAUAGAGUUCGCGCCCGUCUUGGUCUGAUUGAGGGACCCCCUACACCCGAGGCUGCCUCUCCUGUUCUCCCCCCCUCGUCACCAGCACCCGCUGCAUCCCCAGUCCCAGCACCUCGUCCAGUGACCCCUGUUUCUCCCGCUCCCGCCCAACCUGCUCCAUCUGGUAUUGAUACAGUCGUUCAACAAACUGAUUCAGCGAUCGCUAGCCCUGUCAGGACCGGUUCUCCACGCUCAGGAUUGUCCACCCCUAGAACGGAGCGUCAAUUGGAAAUUGAGGCUGCUGAGCGCAAGGCUCGAGAGGAAAUGGAACGCCAGCGUCGUGCUGAGGCCGCCAAGCGCCAGAGAGAGACUGAGGAGCGUGAGGCUCGUGAGCAGGAACUGUUUGCUCAAAAACAGGCGCUGGAGUUGGAGCGUAAGCACAAGGAAGAGAACGACCGUGUGGCACGUGAGGCGAUGAAGAAACAGCUGAUUGAGAUGGAACGUCUUCGUGGCUUGGGACUUUCUGGUUACAUUACUAUUCAGAGUGCUGGCUCACCCUUCUGGAAGCGCCGUUUCUAUGUGAUGCGUGGACAGGUUUUGGCUUUCUUCAGAGAUGAGAAUGACCGUGCUCCUGUCUCACAAAUGAACCUCGGUGGUCAGGUUGCAUAUAUUGAAGAUGCCUCGCUAGAGGUACUGAUCCCAAAUAGCUUCCGUGUUGAUCUCAAGAAUGGCGAUACCCACUACUUCUUCAGUGACACGACCAAAGAUAAAGAGAUGGCUAUUGCUGGAUUCAUGAAGUGCAAUGAGUCUGCAUAGAUCUGAAGUUACACACAUCUUUUUUCUAAAUUCAUGUUACCCGUCUAUAC